UUGCCCGGCGUCCCCUCUGAGGUCCCCUCGGCCUAAAGCGGUAGACGGUCUAGUGUUGCGGAGACGGGGCCCCUCGCGGACGCGGAGACGCCCGAGUAGUGCGGUGUUGGCCCCACACGCAUGCGCACAGGCGCUGCACGGGGCGGGAGCGGCUGACGGAGCCCGCGUCCGCAAAGAUCAUCACUAGGAAGAACUCUGAGUGCAAUAAUGAAUACAGUGUAUGUGUGAUGAUGGCUUCCAUCUUAAGAUCACAUUGGAUAAAUGCUUCAGUGAUUCCUAAUCGAAUGAAAAUGCUUCCACAUCUUGGUGUCAUUAGAAAUAGAAUGAUGUCAACUCAUAAAUCCAAAAAGAAGAUGAGAGAAUAUUAUCAGUUGCUGAAUCUGGAUGAAGGAUGCUCUGCAGAUGAUGUCAGGGAAUCUUUUCGUAAGCUUGCCAAACAAUACCACCCAGAUGGUGGCUCUAGUACUGCUGAUUCUGCAACAUUUAUAAGGAUUGAGGAAGCUUAUAGGAGGGUGCUUUCCCAUGUGCUUGAACCAACAAAUAAAGUUGAAGAAGAAGAAGAAGAAGAAGGAAAAUUCAAGUAUAAAACACCCCAACACCGGCAUUAUUUAAGUUUUGAAGGUGUUGGUUUUGGAACCCCAAGUCAACGAGAGAAGCAAUAUAGGCAAUUUAGAGCAGACCGUGCAACUGAACAGGUGAUGGAAUACCAAAAGCAGAAAUUACAAAGCCAGUAUUUCGCUGAUAGUGUAAUCGUUAAAGAUGUAAGACAGAGUAAAGAACAAAAGAUAACUCAGGCAAUAGAGCGUUUAGUGGAGGAUCUCAUUCAGGAAUCAAUGGCGAAAGGAGACUUCGAUAACCUCAGUGGGAAAGGCAAACCUCUCAAAAAAUUUUCUGGCUGUUCAUAUAUUGAUCCCAUGACUCACAACCUGAACAGAAUAUUGAUAGAUAAUGGAUACCAACCAGAAUGGAUCUUAAUGCAAAAGGAAAUAAAGGAUACUAUUGAUCAACUCAGAGAGGCAAUUUUAGUGUCAAGGAAGAAAUUUGGGAGUCCCAUGACACCAACUGAACAGAAACAGUGGAACCAAGUUUGUGAGCAGUUUGAAGAAAACAUCAGAAAACUAAACAAGCGAGUUAAUGAUUUUAAUUUAAUUGUUCCCCUUCUGACCAAGCAAAAAGUCCAUUUUGAUGCACAGAAAGAAAUUGCCAAAGCCCAGGAGAUACAUGAGACCCUUGUAAAAACAAAAGAAGUCACAGAUAAAAACCCAAAUAACAUUGAUCAGGGAGAAGGAGAGAAAACACCUGGAGUCAAGACAGGUUUUUAUAACUGGAUGAAUGUGUGGAAAUUUAUUAAAAUAUGACCAGUGUUCACAGUACUGCCCCAAAUCAUUUUUAGUUGUACUGACAUCACACAUAGAGGCUGAGAUUUAUUGCUAUUACACAAGAGUUUGAGAACUGAGUGCCUCUGUACUUUUUCACAAAACUAAUCAUACCUCCAGUGAUGUGUGAGAAAGCUGUAAGAAACUGAGAAGAGAAUUGUUCAACCAGUCUACUCUGAGGAUACAGCAAGAAAAGAAGAGAACUUCUAAGAAAAUCCAUUUCAGAGGCUCAAUGUCAGUCACAGGUGAAAUGAGUUAGAGGAUGGGGUCUUGGAUGAGAGAUCAUAAAGGGUUUUCUGAAAGUCUUAGUGCAACUUUUUUGAACACAGGUACUUAAAUAACAAGAAUAAAAACUCAAUGUUAUUAUUAAAAGUCACAGAAGUAUGGAAUGCAGGCAAAUAACCUCCAAAUGAUGUAAGUUUCUUGCUAGUUUUCUGCAUUUAUACAUCGGAGGUUAUUAAAGCUCAAAACUGUUGUAAAACUUUUGGGAUGCUCUCUAAUGGAAAUUAGUCUACUGCAGUUACUACACUCUUGUGUUCUUAUGAAGGCCUUUUCGGUGCAUACUGAAUUUAGAAAAAAAAACAUAUCUAUCUGUGUUAUAUUUUUUCCUGUCUAACUUCAUGAUCAUUGGCUGCAGAUAUCCAUCACCCAAGCUAGUUGAUUUAGCUUUUCUAGAAAUAGACUCCAGAGUCCACUUUAAAGAGUUUGAGGGUAUUUUCUGAACUUCCAGAGUUGGAAAAAAAAAAUCCUUGGAUUUGAUGGAAACUUAAGAUUUCACUUUUGGCUUCAUCUCUAAUCAGAGAUUGAAAUAAUAGGUCUAGAUAAUUCUACCUAAAGCCUGUGUUGUGGAUCAGACUCCCCAGAGGGUUUUCCAACUAUGAAAAUUGCAGUUUACUGUAUGAGGUAUCCACUAAUAAACAAAGAUGAGAUGUCUGAAUUUUGUGCCAGUUUGCACCUUUGGCAUAUGAAAAGAUUGACAUUCAUGGGAUUAUUGUGUGCUAUCCACUUUCAGAAACAAUAGCUUUUUAGAUUUGUGUAAUUGCAUUCGUCCCAAAAUUGGGCAACUGGAAGGAUAUGGAGAGUAUCAAAAGGAGCAGAUCUUUUUUGUUAUUUAAUUGAGAGCACUGUACUAUGGAUACGGCUCAUAACUGUGGCACUUGCCACUCUGAUUUUGCAAGAAGUGUUUUUUGUAAAGUGUGCACUAGUUCAAACAAUACUACAUCUUCAAAAGGAAAUUUCGAGCCUUUCUGCUUAGGUGAUGGGGCGUUAAUUGGUAAAAUAUGUGACUUUUAUUGAUUAUCAUUUGGCUUCUACAGUGAUAGUGUAGAACAGAGUUAUGAACAGUAGAAAUACAGCUUUUUAAUUAGAGCUGUAGUUCCAAAACACUUUAGAAAGCUAUGAUUCUGUGAAUUGCGAUAAAAAUGGGAAUUAGAUGUGUGAUAUCUAAUUGCAUUGCAGCAACAUAAAUAAACGAAACCUUCAGUAUGGGAUAAUGAGAAGGUAAAGUUAACAAAAAACUAAUAAAUCCUUAAUUUCAGACAGGACAGGUGUUCUAUAUUAAUAAAGUUAGUUUUAAUAAUUACUCAGUGGUUCAUUGUUGUAUAAACAAAUAAUAAUAAUAACCAAAUUUUUGGCUGACCACCUAAAUAAGUGUAUAAAUCUUGACUGAUCAUAUCAAAACUGAUCGUGACAUAGAUUUUUUUUAAGAAGGCAAGUUCACUUAUAUAAACACAGAUUCACUUAUUUAAGUAACUAAAUACCUGGCCAGGAAAAAUAUUUUGGCCAGUUUAGUGAAGUUUCUUGACUCUGAUACUUAGUUCUCUUAUGAUGCAGCAUUGACAUUUUUUGUUAUCUUUUCACCUUCUCACUUUGUCAGUGUAAUUCUGGCGGCGGGUGGGUGGUUCAGGAGAAGGGGGAGAAAUACCUUUGAACCGAAAUCAAAGAGAGAAAGUGGGAGAAACCCGUUUAUUGCUUACAAGCAGUUGUCUACUUCUGCUUGCCCAGGUCUCUCACAACCGGUUGCAGAAAAAGGGGCCAAACCCAAGCUCUCAGGUCCAGAUAUGCCCUUGCUCCCCCAUGUAAUUACUUGUUGAUAUGGACCUGGACUACUUCUCUUCACCCCUUGGAAACACCUAUUGAUACGGAGAUGUACUAAGGCCAGGAGAGAUUCUGGAAAUAUUGCAAUUUUACCCAAAGGCAGCUUUGCAGGUGGAAUGGUAAUUUACUGAGACUUCUGAACUCAUGAACAGGCACAUACCAAAUUCUGCCUGGUUCCCGGCCUUUCCCUGGCUCCUUUUUUCAAAGUGGAGAACCAAGACCCUGAAGAUAGUACCAUGAAAUCAAGGUGGCUUUUGCCUGCCAGCAGUGUGAAAUGGCCUUUGCCCUUGUUCCAGGUGCCUGAGGCUCAGCCUCAAUAGUUUGGUACCUCAAAACUGGUUUUAAGGUCCUUGAUAGAAUGACUGCAUUACUGUUCAUUUUCUUCCUUGUGCCCCCAGGACCUAGCCCUGCUUUUUGGGUGCCCCUCCCAGAGAUAGGAGCCCCCUGUAACCCUGUCUCUAUGUCUGGGACUGUUGCUUCUUAGCAUACUUCCCUGCUACCAACUGCCUGGGUCCCCAUCACUGGAUCCCAGCCCUCUUGUGGGACAUUCCCAACAUGUCCUAACAUGUCUCAGGCAUGACUUGCUGGUCAGUUUUCCUAGAAGUACUGCCUUUCCUCUUCAACAAUGUUCUGUUCCUCCAACCUAUGUUUGUUGAAGUCCUGAAAGGGAAUCCACCAUUCCACCAUCUGGAUUCUCAGAAAUCAGUGGUUGAGGGGGCAGAAGGACCCUCAGCCCUACAUGCAACGCUCGAUACUCACUUUGCUUGGUAUUACUGCCACCACCACCCUGGCUCCAGGCAGAGGACACUGGGCCCCCUCUCCUCUGGCCUAAGGGCAGACCCACAAAUGCAACACCCGUUGUCUGGCUGAGACCAGACUGGAAUAUCAAAAUGCAACUUUCCUCAAGGCUCGGGGAUGACACAAAGGAAGGGAAGACAGCUCCUUGGAUGAAAUCAACUGGCCUGUGGUCCUCCAGUUUGUCUCUGAGCCCAGUCCCCAGCCUGCUGAGGUGUGGCAGAGUUCAGCAUUCUCUCACAUCUGGGAGACCCCUAAAUUGUUCUAAGCAUGCUUCCACUCCCCAAAUCUAGACCUGGGAAAGUACUGCCUAAGGGAUUUUCUUUCCUGCCAAGACCAAUUUCAAAUACCUGGCUGCUUCCUCAAGGACCCACAUCUUUCCUAGAUGAUAGAUGUAUGUGCUAUUCCCCAAACUCACUGACUCUGACUGAAGAUCACAACAGAGCAAAUACAUCAGACUAUACCCCAAUAAACUGGACAUGGUUGCAAGAGGGACCUGGUCACAGCUGUGGAGCAAAGGGCCUUCCUGGUGCACCUUGAGGACCUUCUUGCAAGGAGCAUAUGGUCCAGUGGCGACCCAGCCUUGGCAUUUAUAGAUGAGCUUCUGUGUUCUGUGGUUUCAGGUUUGUGGGUGAACCUGGUUCUGAGGUCUUGUCCUCUCAACCUUCCCAUUCGGCCACAGUUUACACCAUGAUUUACCCAGUUGAGUCCCACGAUUCUCAGUGAGCUUUGCUUAACUGAGGUAGUGGACCGCCCUUGUAUUUUUGGCUGCCUGUCAUCUCCCAAAUGGCCCAUAUUGAUGGUGGCAUGUGUCAUUCAUCUGGGAAGAUGUGGUUCCUAGCUCAGGAAGUCAGACCUUCAACAUUGGUCUUGUCAAGAGAGAAAAUGCCUAAUUUUCUUAAAUGUGCUCAGAAAUGGUCACAUGACCUAACUUCCACCAAUAAGACUUCUCCUUGGGAGACAGGGGUUCAGAAUGAGGCCUGGGAGGAAAUGUGUUGGCUCAUUGUACAAGUUCCACUUCACUAGUGCAGGAAGGCAGCGGCUGCCAGGUGGAACUCCUGUUACAGAACUGGAGUGGGUAUCCUUGCCAGUGGCAGUCAAGCUCCUGACUCGUAGUGCUCGGUGGUGGCCACAGCAACCGGUGUUUUUCUCACCAGGCCAAUUCUUUAGUGUGGUCUGAGGCAUUGCUCCUGGGAACUACCUUGAGCCACUUUCUCCAGCCCAUCCAAAAGGUCCAGUGUCCUUUAAGAAGUCCCUUUGCUGCUUAAUCUAGCUACAGAGUGGGGAUGGCCCUGUGCAACUAAGAACUGACUGAUACAGAUGAGAUCAUGGGACUCUCAUGGCUUUGGGGUAAACAGGAACUGCGCACUGGAUUGUAUGCACAGGGCACAUGGACUGGGGUUAAACUCACAGCUCUGCCAAUGUAUAGGUGUGUGAGCAAUUUACCAAACCUAACUGACCUACAGAUUUCUCAGGUGUAAAUAGUAAUGAUCAGCUAGUGUGUGAGGAUUCAAUGACACAUAAUAUGGAAAGAAUCCACACGUAAUGAAUGCUCCAUUCUAAGUAUUAAAUUAUGUAUGCUGUUGUGCUAAUAAAAUAAUA